AAGAAUCACUUCCCAUUGCUCACGUGCUUUCUUUAUCUUCUGAUUCCAUCAUCUCUUUGAAACUCUCUCCCUCACCUUCGCUUCAACUUCAAGAGAAAAUAAAUUUCUCUCUUUCAAUUGUCUGAACUGUGGGGCUUCAAUUCCGUUGUGUGGGUUUCCUGCCAAUCGAAAGAAGGGAUUUUGUUCAAGGGGGAUUGGAACCCCAUGGCGGAUCUACUUAGCAAAACGAAUCUGUUUUCAUCGUGUCGUCAUAGUCAACGCGAUGGGUUUUCUUUUACUUUCCCAAAGAAGAGCUGGAAUUACAAAUCAUCUUCUGUGAGUUGGUUUCAGCCUCUGAAACUGAAAUCACAGGCGCUCAGAUUGUCUUCUUCAUCGAGCAGUGAUUAUCAUGGCAGAAGAGUUUUUCUUCAUGGAAACGAAGCCAUCCCCAGGAAAGGGAAUCACCGAUUCCAGCCUUCAAUUAAAGCUCAGACUAGCCUUCGGAUUGGGAAGGCUCAGAAAUGGUGGGAAAAGGGGCUUCAACCAAACAUGAAAGAGGUUACUUCCGCACAAGACCUCGUGGACUCCCUAUUGAACGCCGGGGAUAAUCUGGUUGUUGUCGAUUUCUUCUCUCCUGGCUGUGGUGGCUGCAAAGCGCUCCACCCCAAGAUCUGUCAAUUGGCCGAUAUGCACCCAGAUGUGCAGUUCCUUCAGGUGAACUAUGAGGAGCACAAGUCGAUGUGUUAUAGCCUUAAUGUCCAUGUCCUGCCUUUCUUUCGUUUCUACAGAGGCGCUCAUGGUCGUCUAUGCAGCUUUAGCUGUACUAACGCCACGGUAAAAAAAUUUAAAGACGCAUUGGCCAAGCACACCCCAGAUCGUUGCAGUCUUGGGCCUGCAAAAGGGCUGGAGGAGAAAGAGCUCAUUGCACUGUCCGCCAACAGGGAUCUGUCUUUCAACUACAUGCCAAAACCAGUUCAACCAGUUACUGCCCCUGCACUCGAACAGGUGAUCGCAGAAACAUCACCAUCUCAUUUAAGCUCAGAACCUUUUACUCUUCCUUCAACACCCUCAACGUCUGCUCAGGACUCCAAGAAGAAGCCGUUAGUCUCUGCUGGGAGGUGAUGUCAGUCGGUCUUUAACGGCCCUUUUCUCUUUGUACAGAACCGUUUUUAUGUAAUAUCCAUGUGAUUACUGAACAUAUUAGUGAAGAUGAAGUCAUACUGUACGCAUGUUUGCUUAGGGAAUCGCAGGCCGUCGGAUUUAAUUUUUAGGAUCCGAGCCUGGUGGUUUGCUGGUGAGUUUAAAUCCCAAGCACUUAUGUAUUUGUUGGUGCUGCUUUAUGUUGGAGGGAAAUGAUAAAUCCCUUUUUAAGAUUG